AAUGGAAAGUCAGCCUAAGGAAGGAGAGGAAAUGCUUAUUGGAAAGCAAGAGGAAGAGUUGCAAUCAUUACUUAUGGGAGAAAUUGAGCUUCCAAAGGAGACUGUUUUGGUUCACAAUAAAAGAGCACGGCUUUCCCAUGGAGCUGUAUUGGACAAUUAUAAGACAAAUCAAAUCACAUUCAAUCAAAAACAAAUCAUAAUAUUUUCAAAAGAUGCUUCGAUGCUUAAAGAGAGCUCAACCAAAUGAAGAGAAAAUAAUAAAGCCAUCAAACUGCUCGAAUGAUCUAGAGUUAUUAAGAAAGUUUAUGAAUUAGAAAUUGAGCUUUGUAGAUCAUCCAUUGUUAAAAACUGCUUUCUAAUAAACCUGUGAAAAGCAAUCUCCAAGCCUAUAACAACAUUGUCCUUGAAAUACUUUAAAUUUACUAGCAAUACUCUGGCUAAGGUAUUCGGAAGCAUAACUCAUGUGCAAGUACUGACACUAUCUCAAUGCGAGUUCCAAGAUUCAGAGGAAAUUCCACAAUUAUCUAAAAAGUGGUGAUUAUAAAAGAGCUCUACAUUUUUGGAUUGAAGAAAGCAUGAUCAUCUGACACAACUGCACUUAAUCAUGAGCUUAUUUUCCUUCUGAGAACGAUCGGGGAGACUUCCCUAAGAGACUCAUUAAAUUCAAUAUACUUACAUACACAUCUACAACGAGAAGAGCUAGAGGUUUUGUCAAAGAUUUUACCAGUGGAAUCAAUAUCCGUAACAGGAAUUGCUGGCAAGUAACCACAUAUGAUGAAACCCA